UUGACAGCUUCGCUCUCGAGCAGUCGCUUGCACUGGCUCACAAACGCACCUAGAACGGAACCCCGUACGCACACCACGGACGUGAACGCGCGCACACACACACAAGCUCCGUACACAGGCGAGCAGCGAAAAAUACGUCCCCCGAGCUGAGAGGGAUUACAGAAUUGUGCCGUCGUGCAAAAGUUCCACGAAGGUUUGGCCAAGGGAUGUUGUGGAUUGCUGCGAUUGCUGCGUGUGUUGCAAACGCCCUAAUGCAAGUGUAAGCAGAAUUCUUCCCCCUUUACUUCUCCAACCGAGCAACUUGGCACGGAGCAGAAAUUGUGGUAACUUUGUUCGUGCAAAAAAAGGAGUUUGCUCCAAAGUGUGUUGCACUAGUGUUCCUGAAGAUCCUGUCUGUUCGUAUACCGUGAAUGUAUUAUCAACCAGCAAACGACGACCUCAACAAAUUCUGUGCCACAGCGGUCCCGUUCACUGAAUCAACAACCUCGCAGAAGCCAGUGUCACAGUGUCACAGAGUGUCCGGAUAGGUUAGAAAAGAGUCAUUCAAUUGCCGCUGGAAGGAUUGCUGGCACAGUUCUACGUACGGAGCUGUUCCUGUAAUAGAAUAUACCUUUCCCCCACAAACCCCACCAUUCCUCCUAUUGUGUCAAUUAGCUUCGUUUCCCAGCCAACGGGAUUCCGAGAGCCACUUCCGUGUGCGUUGGGCACGAUUAAAAAAAGGUGAAUGAGAAGCUCGUAAGAGAAAGAAGAAAUCCAUCCACCUCCCCACGGAUGGUGUGUGCGUGCGUUCGACGGUAGACACAGUGCUUGGCGUAUGCCCGCGGGCCCAUACCGGCUGAUUGCGUGUAGCGAAGGAAGGGCGACUCCCAACAACAGCAUCAGCAGGGGCAAAUCCAUCCAGCAGCACCACACUCAGCGCUUGAUUCCGGUUCCGGGCAAGAGCGGGCUACUAUGUUCAAGAGCCGAAGCGAGGGCAAUGUUGUUUACAAGUGUACCGUACGGCUGCUGGAAGAUCUCGAUGUCCUGGAGUGCGAAUUUCAGCCACACCAUAAGGGUUGUUUUCUCCUGGACUACGUCUGCGAGCAGCUGGAAAUCACCGAAAAGGAUUAUUUUGGGCUCCGAUUUGUCGACUCCGCCAAGCAGAGGCACUGGCUGGAUCUGGCAAAAACUAUAAUCAAGCAAGUCAAAGAUGUGGAUCCACUCGUGCUUUCGUUUCGUGUCAAAUUUUACCCAGCCGAUCCCCUACGGCUAACGAACAAUGGAAAGCUGAUGCUAUACCAGCAAUUAAAACGCGAUCUUCGGCAUGGUCGGCUGUACUGUUCCGCCGGUGAGGCAGCAGCCCUGGGAGCGCUAAUAGUGCAAGACGAGCUCGGCGAUUACGAUGCGGAAGCACACACCGGCGAGUACGUGUCGUCGCUCAAGAUCGCCCUGCGCCAGUCGGACCAGCUGGAGAAGAAGGCGAUGGAGCUGCACCAGAAGCGCGACCCGGGCCAGGAAGCGGUCGCAGUGUACGACGAGUUCGUCGGGAUCGCGCGCAGCCUCGAAACGUACGGGAUCGACCCGCAUCCGGUGAAGGAUCACCGCGGUACACAGCUUUACCUGGGCAUUAACUUCUCCGGCAUCAGCACGUUUGCGGCGGGCCGCCGUACGCAACACUUCCGCUGGCCCGAGGUGCACAAGAUCAACUUCGAGGGCAAGAUGUUCAUCAUCCAUCUGGCGUACUCGGAGGAUCGGAGGGAAGUGAAAAAGCACACCGUAGGAUUCAAGUGUCCGUCGGGUGCGGCCUGCCGGUACGUGUGGCGAUGUUCCAUCGAGCAGAUGCUGUUCUUUACUCUUCCAACCAGCCAACACGCUUCCGUUGUUUCCGGGGGUGGAUUUUUCUCCUGGGGUACCAAAUUCCGCUACUCGGGCCGGACCGAGCGCGAGCUGAUGUCCGAGGCGCUGCAGGCGCUGCGCCAGCAGAAGCUCAACAACACCAGCCCGAGCAAGAGGAAAGCGCAGAGCGUUCCGGCGACACCGUCGAGCCCGCAGGGCGAUCUGGCAGAAAUCCGUAAGUCCCGAUACAGUAGCCUUCCACGAUCGACCAUGUCGGAGCCGCUCGGUGGCUGCGGCGACCAUCUGGCCUCGUCCGUGUACUGCACCGACAAUCCACUGCCCACGCUCGAGACGGUCUCGGAGGAGGCGCGCAAAACGAACGGUGAAAGCAACGACCACCUGUCCGACUACUACUUCCGCGACUCGUUCGACCACUCGUCGUCCGAGUCCGGCUUCACGGCGGCGGCGAACAGUGCGGCGAACCCGCUCGGCGACCACCAUCACCAUCCGCACCAUCGCACGCACCAUCCGCACCAUCUGCACCAUCACCACCGGCAGGCGUACACGACGGACAACAUCCCGGCGCUGGCGAUGCACCACAGCGUCACCAACCAUGCGGCCAGCAUCAUCCAGCAGCAGAACGCCAGCAACAGUGCGAAGAAUGCGAAAAAGUUCUCGCUACUGCAAGCGUUCGUCCCGUCGUUCCUGUUCGUGGUGGUCGUGCUGAUCGUGUCCGCGAUCUACAUCCUCGAGACGGACACCGAGCUGUUCGCCCCGCUGCGCAACUGGCCGGAGAUGAUCUGCCUGCGCUACCAGUACUACCAGCCGCUGAAGGAGUUUCUGGCGAAAAAGUUCGGUGCCAUAUUUUGAUUCAUUCUGACCGGACGCACGGACGCUUCCACUUCGUGUGCCGGCGAUGGCGGGCGGACUGGUUGUGGCCGGACCGUGGACGGCUGGUCCAGCUACUACCAGCCGCCGGAGUACUUUCGGGAGCGCGAUACCGGGGGUAGCAGCAAUGAGACGCCCAUCUCACUCACGCUUACCCUGCCCACGGCAAGGGCCAUGUAAGGUGCUGGAUUGUAACAUUUGGAGGAGAGGGAGAGAGAGGAAGAAAUGCAAAAUUAGCUUAAAUAUGUUAAAACUGUUUAGUACUUUGUACCAUA